UGCCUUAUAAUACAUCCAUGCAUGAUGCCAUUUAGCAACAGAUGAGCAACGCGAUACAUGAUCAUUUUGGGGCAGCCAGAGCUUAAGCACUGCCAUUGACAGGGUGCUUUAAAGGUCUACUUCUGACUGUGUAAUGGUUGUCAGCGUCGCGGUGCUUCCCUUCCUUCUUGCACUGUAGGCUGGCCAGUGUUUUCGAGGCUUCCUUAUUCAGAACCCGCGUGUUUUAGCUGGCAGUCACUUUCUCUGGCGGAUCGCUAUGGAUGGGCUAUGGAUGAUAGCGCUGCUGCUGAUUCCGCUCGUGCUGUGGACCAGCAGCACGUUUGUUUUUUAUUUCAAAAAGUGCUUUUACGUCGCCUGGAUGAUGGCGUUGGCGCUGCUUGCGAUUCCUCUGUGUAUACUGAAAAGCGGCGGCAGAGACGUUGAAAACAUGAGGAUUAUCCGCGGCUUGGUUCGUCAUGUGAAGUAUUUCCUGGGCCUUCGAUUUGAUGUGAGCGGUUGGGAGCAUCUGCAGACCGAGGGACCCUACGUCAUCAUCUCCAACCACCAGAGCUCCCUGGAUGUUUUGGGCCUGAUGGAGAUCUUACCGGACCGCUGCACCAUGAUUGCCAAGAAGGAGUUGAUCUACGCCGGCACAGUAGGUCUCGUCUGCUGGCUGGGUGGCAUUGUCUUUAUCAACCGCAAGAAGACCAACGACGCCAAAAAUGUCAUGGCCGACGCUGCCAAAACCAUGUUGGACGACCAGAUCCGUCUGUGGGUGUUCCCAGAGGGAACGCGAAACCAGAGAGGUGGCCUGCUGCCCUUCAAAAAAGGGGCUUUCCACCUGGCGGUGCAGGCACAAGUCCCCAUCAUACCCAUUGUUUUCUCCUCAUACAGCAACUUUUACCUAAGGAAAGAAAAGCAGUUCAACUCGGGGACCAUCCGAUUGAAGAUCCUUCCAAAGAUCGACACAAAGGGGAUGACGUCGGAGGAUAUUUCAUCCCUCUCCGACAAAUCCUUCAACCUGAUGUGCUCCGCCUUCCAUUCUAUCUCUGACUCCGUAACCCAGAGCAACGGGCCGUCGCGGCACUGAAACAUUUACCAUGCUCGCGCCUCUUUUUUUUUUUUUUUUUUUUUUUUUCUCUCUAUGUCCCUGUCUGAGACCCAUCCCUCCCCCCAGAUCUCCCCAGGUUGUCCCAUUACCUGGCCAGGAAACAAGAGGACAUUGGCCUCUUGUCAUGAAAUCUCUUGUCUAGUUGACGCCUGGUCCAGUCUGCCUCUGGCCUGACCACGCAGCCAGUCAGUCCCGACCCUCACUGUGUCUGCAGCGGCGGCGGCGCCGCUCUGCACGCCGUGAGCGGAGUGACGGACGGCAAGCCGAAAACAGUAUAGAUGUGUGUUCUUCUUCAUGCAUGCCUUUUUGGAUGGCUCUGUCCACCUUCGUCUUUGCUUUGCUCUCUGGCUUUCGGAAGCCUGGCUUUUUUUUAUUUUAUUUUUUUGUCUUACUUUAUCACCAUUUUCUACGGUUUCUUUUUGGCCUUUUUGUUCUCCACCUGCCUUCUGUUCUGCAGGUACUCCUCUGCAUUUUCUUUUCUUUUGUUUUAUAAAUGACUUUAUUUUAGUUCUCCUUGGAUGCUCUUGCACACACACACACACACAC